AUGAGCGGUUCUUUACCUCCUGAACUGCUAACGAUUAUUCUAAACGAAUGCAUUAAUGACAGAAAAACGCUCCAUUCAUGCAUUCUAAUCAACAAAGACUGGUCUAGACAGGCUGUUUUGUAUCUCUGGGCCAACCCUUUCAAGCUCUUGUAUAAAAAGAAGAAACGACGUGCAAAGCAACAGAUAAUCAAGCAAGGCGAGAAUCUUAUGACAACAUUCGUCGAAAGCUUUGCAGACAUGGACAAGAUCCUGGACGGGUCUAGUAGUACCCUAGAUACGAGCCAUGACAGACGCUCAACGUUUGAUUAUAGUUUAUACUUGCAAGAACUCGAUUUCGGAUUCAUGAGGAGGGCAAUGAAUAACUGGCUUUCUAUCCGAAAGAUCGGUGCAUGCGAAGAAACGCUGACACUUCGUAUUCUCAUGUCGGUCAUGCAACACAGUCCCCGAUGGUAUGCCCUCUAUUUAUAUGUUACCAAGGCACAGGUUUGCACUCAAUUGAGCAAAUUCUUUACGUCUAUCCAGAGUUUACCGCAAUUGAAAAAAUUCACAUGGGCAUCUGCACGACCGUGCAACGAAGUUUUUGCCUCGCUUUCUCAAGUCGCACAUGACAUGGAAUCGAUCACAAUACAUAUCGAGAACUGUGACUAUAAACAAAAAUUAAGGACUACGCUGGCAAGUUUUCUCUCUUCACAGCGUCAACUAAAAAUCCUCAAAUUUCGAAACUUGUUUUGGAACAUGUCUUCAAUCCUACAACUGCUGAGCAGUAACGCGCACACUCUUGAAUCGGUUUCGAUCGAAUCGAUCGGAUCAAGAUGUGAUGAUGAAUAUUCCAAGUUUAUCAGGCUCCAUACACUAAAGAGUAUCGACAUAACUCAGCAUUCGCAUUUAAGCUUUUCACCGAACAAUGUGCGAUCAUUAACAAAAGCCGAUUUACCGAAUCUACAAAGUCUUGUGUUGGCUGGAACGGGUUUUUCAUCUGAAGUUUUGACGGCGAUAAUCCGCAAACAUAAAAAGAUCUUGACCACCUUAAAGAUUGGGAUUACGGUCAUUGAUAGUUCGGUUUGUCUGACUAUUCGAGAAUCUUGCCAAAGUCUUGAAAACCUGUCAAUCGUUGUAUCAGAGUCCAAUAUAUCACCAGUCGCAAACAUGAUUGGAAAUCUACCAAACUUGCAUUCUGUAAAACUGACUUGGGAUUUGUUGGGAUGGAAAACUGAUGUGGACGAGCUUUUCAAUGCCCUUGCUGCGUAUCAUUUACCGUGUUUAUAUAAAUUAGAAAUAACUCAAAUAUUAGGGUUUCAACCACAAUCUCUACAGAAAUUUUUAUCAAAAUCAAAACCUCCUCUUAAAGCGUUGAUCCUUGACAAUCGAUAUCAUGUUGUCGAUGAGCAUCUUAAAGUAAUAUUAAAUAAUCUUAGUGAUACACUUCGGUUAUUGAGACUUUAUUACAACGAUAAAUGUAAAGGUCUUGGUGAGCAGCGUAUUCGACAAGGACAUGUGGAUGGCUCGCAUCGACUUUUGUACCAACAGUUGCCAAGAAACUCUAUGCAAGAAGAUCUUGUGAUGUACUCACUGCCACUACCAACACCAGUCGAACAACAGUCUCAGGUUAUUCUCCCACGAUUAUCCGACCUAUUCCCAACAUAUCCAAAUAUGACCGAUGAAGUACACAACAGUAACGUUAACCUUUCCUCAACGCAGAUUCAACCACAUCAAUCGUAUCAAUACGAAGAACAGCAACGACAACAGUUAGUAUAUCAGCCACAAAGUCAGCAUUUGCUACAAAGGGAACAACAAGUUCAACGACAAUCGCAACUAGUAUCCACGCCAGUACAAUCUCAUCAUCAGUUAGGUCAAGAUUUGCAUACAUAUCUACCAGUAAGUAUCGAUAAGAAUCUCAGCUACAAGUUAUAUUACUCGAUCAAGAAACGAGUUUGCGUAUCAAUGAAUUCUAAUGAACAAUCGUCACCAAUGCCAGGCAUCUGCUUACCAGGAAAAUCGCUCUAA